ACUGUUAAACACACACAGAAAUGACUUUGAAGAAGAUAUGAGAAAAACUGAGAAAGGAAUAGGAAAGGAAAUACAAACCCCUUUCCUUUCCUUUCCUUUCCUUCACACAGAUCUCCUCUUCUUCCUCAAAUUCCCGCGUAAAACCCCAAUUUCCCGUUCAUGACGACGUCGUUUUUCACCGGCGAGAGAAUCGUCGUCCUCUUCUUCAUCUCCAAGAUCCUCUACUCUCUCCCUCUCUCUCUCCUCACCCAUGGCGUCGCUCUCUCUCUCCUCGCCCUCUCCUCCUUCUUCCUCGAAAUCGCCGUCGACUCCGCAAAUUCCCCCUUCGCUUUCCGCACCCGCCCCGCCGCCUCCUCCGGCAUCCUCCUCGGCGCCGUCACACUCCCUUCCCUCAUCCUCUCCAAGCUCGUUCAGUCGUCGCGUGGUUUCUCCCUCGCUCAAAUUCAACCCCAAGAGAUUCAAUAUCUGACAUUGCAAUACUGGGCCACAUCUGCCAGCGUCUUCACUGUGCUUUUGUUCCUCGCUUUCGCGAUGCGCCGUGGUCAUUGGGGUGUUAGGUUGAGCUUGUGCUUUGUUUUCUUUCAAGGUGUCUUCUGCAUUGCGGCGCUUGCUACAACAUCUCAAAUUGGACUGCACCCGGUGCUGAAGCUUUCAUGGGUAUUUUGCCAUGGAUUCGCCUCCGUGAAGCUGAUUCAGCAUUUCCUCAGAAUUUUCCCAUCUUGUGCUUCCAUUGGGGAAGCAUUUUUGGUGGCAGCGGGCAUCGUUCUCUAUUUUGGUGACAUGUUAUUGCUUACUAUCAGAAAGCUAUGUGGACUAUUGGAGUCAUCAGAGUUGGUUACUGCAGAAUAUAAAAUAAGUCGAAGUGAGAUAAGCAUUAUAAUCCAGGGGCUUGUGCUUGGUCUGCUGCUGUAUCCAAUAGUUUUGAAAUAUAUCUUCCAAAUAUGGGAAUGGUCUAUAAAUACAGCUUCUGCUGAAUCAAGAAGAUACUAUGAGUUUGGGAGAUCUCUUAUAUUUAUUGCUUCCCUUGGAUUUGUCCUGAUUGUGAUUGUACCAUCUUGGAUGCAGUUGGUGAAGCAGUUUCACACGCAUCCUUUUUUCUGGGUUCUUUCUUUUGUUUUCUCAGAGCCAUCCAAGAGGCUGUCGUUAUGUAUCUAUUGGGUUUGCAUAAUAUGUGUUUCUGUUUUGCGAUUCUAUAACAUCUCCAAGAACAGUAAGAUUGAGAGAAUUCUUUUGCGGAAAUACUACCACCUGAUGGCUGUCUUGAUGUUUUCGCCUGCCCUUAUCUUCCAGCCAAAAUUUCUUGAUCUAGCUUUUGGUGCAGCCUUGGCGGUUUUCUUGAUAUUGGAAAUUAUUCGAGUAUGGAGAAUCUGGCCCUUAGGACAACCAAUAAAUCAAUUUAUGAAUGCAUUCACUGAUCACCGUGACUCUGAUCUACUUAUUGUCAGCCAUUUCUCUCUCUUGCUGGGUUGUGCGCUCCCUAUUUGGAUGUCUUCUGGGUACAAUGAUCGACCUCUUGCUCCUUUUGCUGGGAUAUUGAGUCUCGGAAUUGGAGAUACGAUGGCAUCAAUGGUUGGGCACAAGUAUGGUGUAUUGAGGUGGAGUAAAACUGGCAAGAAAACAGUUGAAGGUACUGCAGCUGGUAUAACAUCUGUGCUAGCUGCUUGCUCUUUACUCCUUCCACUCUUCGCGUCAACUGGAUACAUUCUCACUCAGCAUUGGUUCUCACUACUUCUAGCUGUGACUGUAAGUGGUUUGUUAGAGGCCUACACGGCGCAACUUGACAACGCGUUUAUACCACUUUUUUUCUAUAGUCUGCUCUGUUUGUAGCCAAAGCAUGCUCUUCCGGAAAUAAUUUACCUUGAUGAGAAAUGACGGGUUUCUUCAAAUGUGCCUUGUGGCACAUUGUUUUGGCAGAGGUCAGAUAACUAUUAACCAACGCUAUGAUACAUGACAGCUAGGUUUGGUAUAUAUACAUUUGAUUGUAUCUCUCUACAGAAAUGAUAGGUAUACGAAUUUUCAUAAAAAGGGUUUAUACCCUCCCUACACACAACAUAGUCCUGAGGAAUGACAAUUUUCCAUUUUUUAUGAAAUAUUUAAUUUGCAAAGCCACUGAGAGGAAAGCUAGUGGACUCCAUGAAGAAGUUUCCGAUGUCUUGAUUUUUUCACGCGCAUUGUUACAUGUCGGUUGAAGCCUCGUACAAGGGAAUCAUUUAUGAGAAGCUAGCAGGGUAGGAAACUGUUGAAAGUUGAAAAUAUGUCAUUAAGUAGGACGAGGUGGUUUUAUGUACAUAUUGCCUCUGUACUCUGUCACUGAUGCUAUAGCAUCCCCCCAGGACCCCCCUCCCUGUGAGGAAAGGAUCAAACGUUAAACACUGUACUUGUCUUGUUGUAUCAAAUGUGGAAUCUUAUGUGUUAUCCAUGCAUACUUAUACAGGAUAUACAGGAACAAAAGAUGCAGUUUUACCGAGUA